AUGGCACCUCUUCUGGCCGACCACUCCUCUCUCAGAGCCUACCUCGCCUCCCUCCUCACCCGCUCCGCCUCGCCCUCACCAUCACCCACGCCAGCCUCGACGAUCCUGAGCACGCUCAGCCAGCUCGCCCAUGAGGCCCGCUCGCACCCCCUCCUCCGGCGCACCGUCGAAGAGGCCCGCGGCGGGGUCACCUCCCCGGACAGCAUUCCCAACAAGGUGGUCUUCAUCAUGCUCGGGCUGAUCGGGGCCAGCUUCGUCAUCACGGGCAUCUGGUUCUUCUUCUGGGCCAAGAACGGCGGCUUCUACUUCCGGCAGGACGACUGGGACGACUACAAGUCGACGGUGCUGCGCCGCAAGGGGCCCAACGGCACGACGCUGAGCGGGGCGACGGCCAGCACGGACUUUGGCGGCGGGAGCAUCGUGCACGGAGAGAAUGGGGAGAAGGGGAGCAGCCGGUGGGGGGGGCGUCGCAAGAAGGGGAUGAAGCGCUACAAGGACUUGGACGAGGAGGCCGGGAGCCAGGGUACGAGUUCGCUGGGGGGGAGCACGUUGGCGAGUGAGAUGGGGGAGGCGAGACACGGCCAGGUGAAGAAGGGCAAGAAGGGGAGGAAGGCGGCGGCGGCGGCGAGCGAGGCUGGCACGGCGCUCACGGGGGCCGAGGUGGAUUUCGAGGUGCAGGACGCCAUGCGUGCCUACCGCCACGAGAAACCGGCUCGGGUCGGGGGUCUCAACAAGCAGCCGGACGGCAGCUCUUUUGGGGGGAGCCACACGCACGACGGGUCGACGGCUACCUCGGAGCUGCUCUCGCACCGCGAGAAGACGCCGACGAACACCCCGACCAAGGGCGGCAAGAAGGAGCGCCCGGACGGCGCGGGUGGUGGCCCCGCCGGCAUCCGCAAGGUCGCGCCGAGCAUGAGCGAGGGCAGCAGCAACAGCUUCUGGUCGCCCAGCCGCCGCCGGCCCCGCACGGAAGAGGAAGAUGCCCGCAUCAAGGCCGAAGCCAAGAAGCUGCAGGAGAAAGGGCGGGCGGCGCAGCGCCGCGACUUUAGCUUCCGCGCCGGAGACGACGGCGACCUCGCCGCGACUUCUUCCUCGGUCGGGUCAUCCGAGGUGAGCGAUCGGCACGCGCGGCGGGCGGAGCGGGCGGAGCGGGAGCGGCGACGCCGCCACCAGAGCCGCAGCCCGGUGAAGAAGGUGCCGGGGGGGUUUCUGGACGACGACGACGAGGAGGAGGAGGAGGAGAUUGUGGAUGUCGGGACGAAGAUUUACCAUCACCCGAUUCCGGGGCUGGGGAGCUCGACGGGCGGGAGCGACUAUGUGGAUGAGAGGAGGAGGAAGCGGAAUGGUGGGGGGUAUCGCCGGGGACGGAGGGAUAGUCUGAGUGAGUGA